AUGUAUAAGUUGUCUCUGACAUUAUUAGCAAUUAUAUUAGCAUUUAAAUGUAUAUCAGCCGAUAUACCGACUCGAUUGCUAAAUAAUGGCCAAAAGAUACCGAUUGUCGGGUUAGGCGCCGGACACGUCACAGAAGAGUCUGUACGGUCGGCAUUGGAGGUCGGAUAUAGACAUAUCGAUACAUCGCUGAAUUACGGAGACUCGGAGAUCAUUAUUGGAAAGGUAUUGAAAGAAGUGCUAAAAGAUGGAAAAAUCAAACGCCAAGACCUGUAUAUUGUUAGCAAACUUGAGACUGAAUAUCACACUAGAAGUCGAGUACCGGAAGGUAUUAAAAAAUCACUUCAACGCUUAGAUCUCGACUAUUUGGAUCUCUAUCUGAUCCAUAGUCCCGACUCACAGCCGGCCAAUAUAACAGUUGGCGAAACGUGGCUCGGGAUGAUUGAUGUACUCAAAGCCAAUCUCACCCGAUCUAUUGGUGUCUCCAAUUUCAAUCAAAAACAGUUGGAUGAAGUCAUAGCCAAGGGUGUUGUUCCGGUCACCAAUCAGGUCAUAUGCAAUCCAUAUGUUAACGAAAGAAAGUUGUUGGCCUACGCCGACUCACACAACGUCACGCUUACCGCAUACUCGCCGGUUGGCGGCCGAGCAUAUCCUGAUCUAUUGAAAGAUCCAAAGCUUAUAGAGAUUGGCAACAAAUAUAAGGUGAGUUCGGCUCAGGUAGCUCUCAGGUUUGAGAUUCAAAGAGGUGUCAUCGCUAUACCGAACUCACAAAACCCUAAAUAUAUUAAAGAAAAUAUUGAUGUGUUUGGCUUCAAGUUGACCGAUGAAGACAUAAAAGCUAUUGAAGCUCUCAAUAAAAAGGAUUCAUAA